AUGACUAGCGUGAUGAUGCUAAGCUAGCUGUCAGCCAGGCGUCCACGGGCUCUGCUGCAGAGUUGUUAGCUACCGGAUGCUCCCGGUCGUGUCCUGCUGGCCGUCUUGACAUUCCCUCAACAUUCCUGGACGAAUUCGUGUCGACUGACCAGAGUCCACGAAUUCAGGUCCACUCCUGAUCUAACCUUCCCCCGCGAGAGAGAGCGCGGACUGACGAGAGUUAAUCUUAAGGACCACACCCAGACAAGAUGUCCCUUCACCAGUUCUUGUUGGAGCCCAUUACCUGCCACGCGUGGAACCGCGACAGGACACAAAUUGCCAUCAGUCCUAACAACCAUGAAGUUCAUAUCUACAAGAAGAGUGGGAACCAGUGGGUGAAGACCCAUGAGCUGAAAGAACAUAAUGGACACAUAACAGGUAUCGACUGGGCUCCCAAAAGUGACCGUAUAGUGACGUGUGGAGCCGAUCGUAACGCCUACGUGUGGUCCCAGAAGGAGGGCGUGUGGAAGCCCACGCUGGUCAUCCUCAGGAUCAACCGGGCAGCCACCUUCGUCAAGUGGUCUCCGCUCGAGAACAAGUUCGCGGUCGGCAGCGGAGCUCGACUCAUCUCCGUCUGCUACUUCGAGUCCGAGAACGACUGGUGGGUAAGCAAGCACAUCAAGAAGCCGAUCCGCUCCACCAUCCUCAGUCUGGACUGGCAUCCGAACAACGUCCUGUUGGCUGCCGGGUCAUGUGACUUCAAAUGCAGGGUGUUCUCAGCCUACAUUAAGGAGGUGGAAGAGAAACCAGGCCCCACGCCCUGGGGCAGCAAGAUGCCAUUUGGGGCUGUGCUAGCAGAAUUUGGAGGAGCAGGUGGAGGGGGUUGGGUCCACUCUGUCUCUUUCUCUGCGUCUGGUAACCGCCUGGCCUGGGUCAGCCAUGACAGCACUGUCACUGUGGUGGACAGCUCCAAGACGGCCAGUCCUUCACAGCUGAAGACGGAGUUCCUUCCUCUCAUCAGUGUCAUGUUUGUGUCCGAGAACAGUCUAGUAGCUGCGGGUCACGACUGCUGCCCCAUGCUGUUCCGCUGCGACGACGGAGGAGCGCUGACAUUCGUGUCGAAGCUCGAUAUCCCCAAGCAGAGUAUCCAGAGGAACAUCUCUGCCAUGGAGCGCUUCAGGAACAUGGACAAGAGAGCCACCACCGAGGACCGCAACACUGCCCUGGACACGUUGCACCAGAACAGCAUCACCCAAGUGUCUAUCUACGAGGGGGACAAAAGGGAUUGUCGCAAGUUCUGCACCACAGGCAUCGAUGGAGCAAUGACCAUUUGGGACUUCAAGAGUCUAGAAGCUUCUAUCCAGGGUCUCCGCAUCAUGUGAAGAAAUAUUGUGAAUGAAGGAAGAGACGCUGCGGCCUCACUUCUCCCCCUCCUUCCUCCCCCUCCGCUUCCCCACUCCUCACCCCUCUCCUCCUCCCCCCCUCCACUCUUGCAGUUCAGCCAGUAACGUACAUAACUGACCACCUUAUCGAGUGUCUGCUGAAGCACUGAUCAGACACUAACACACUAAUGUGGGCGUGUGCUUACAUGCUCGCAUAUAUACACGCACUAAACCACACCUACACUUACACACACACACACUACACACACACACACUGAGCUGACGUGUGACAUCACUGUUGAUUUCUUUUUUUUGUUUGUUUUUAAAUGAAGGUUAACCAGGUGUCAAAGUGGGAAGGUCCUCUGACACGUAUUAACGUGAUGUGAACUGUGUGUUUUUAUGUUCUCUAACCUCCUGUACCAAAAGUUGAACACUAGAAAGGUGCGUUUUAUCCAAAAAUCUGACUGUAUUUCACCUCAACCUUAACAUGGUCUCUGAAUAUCAGCACUUAAGCAGGCGUGAGUGGAGGAUGUUUUACUUGAUGCAGGAUAUUGAGCAUUCUUCGGCGGGUGAAGUCGUUGUUUAGUUGAGACCGGAGGUUAUUGAUAUUCCGAGUACAUGUUGCUGGUUGGCUGUUGAGAGCUGUACAGGUCUGAUGGUGGAGGAGAAAGCAGCCGUCUAAACUCUGCGCGGAGUCGUGGCUGCCCAGCGCUAGGCUCUGUAGCUACUUCACUAAAACCACACGAGAUGGAGGAUUUCUAUGUAACUGAUUAUGAGGUAGACAUGAAUAAAGAUGAAAUACAUUUACAGAACACAA